AUCCAACCGUACGUGCUUGCAUCUUCCAUUUUCAAAGCAACUUCCCCCCCCCCCCCCCCCCCCCUUCUCUCUCUAAAACCCUAGUUCUAGUUGAGCCCAGGGGAUACCGGCAAGAUCAUGACAACGGUGCCACAGGUCCCCGGACGGGAGCUAUCGGACCCGCCAUCUGAUGGCAUAUCGAACCUCCGGUUCUCCAAUCACAGUGACCACCUCCUCGUUUCGUCCUGGGACAAGAGCGUUCGAUUAUACGAUGCGAGUGCCAAUGUGUUGAGAGGAGAGUUCAUGCACGGAGGUCCCGUCUUGGAUUGCUGUUUUCACGAUGACUCCUCGGGGUUCAGUGCCAGUGCGGAUAGUACUGUGCGGAGGCUUGUUUUCAGCUUGGGCAAGGAGGAUAUUUUGGGAAGGCAUGAUGCACCUGUGCGCUGUAUUGAGUAUUCAUAUGCAACAGGGCAAGUGAUCACUGGUAGUUGGGACAAAAGCCUGAAAUGUUGGGAUCCUAGAGGUGCAAGCGGGCAGGAGCGCACUCUUGUUGGGACAUAUGCACAACCUGAGCGUGUCUACUCUAUGUCUCUUGUUGGCAAUCGUUUAGUUGUAGCAACAGCAGGAAGGCAUGUUAAUGUUUAUGAUUUGCGGAAUAUGUCCCAACCCGAGCAGCGAAGAGAAUCUUCAUUGAAAUAUCAAACUCGAUGUGUACGCUGUUAUCCUAAUGGCACAGGCUAUGCUCUUAGCUCUGUCGAAGGUCGGGUUGCAAUGGAAUUUUUUGAUCUUUCUGAGGCUGGUCAAUCCAAGAAAUAUGCGUUCAAGUGUCAUCGAAAGUCUGAAGCUGGAAGAGACAUUGUCUACCCUGUAAAUGCCAUUGCGUUUCACCCCAUCUACGGUACAUUUGCAACGGGGGGUUGUGACGGUUAUGCGAACGUAUGGGAUGGCAACAAUAAGAAGAGGUUGUAUCAGUACUCAAAAUACCCAACAAGCAUUGCUGCCUUAUCAUUCAGCAGAGACGGUCGACUUUUGGCAGUUGCAUCCAGUUACACAUUUGAAGAAGGCGACACACCCCAUGAACCGGAUGCCAUCUUCGUAAGAAGUGUGAAUGAAGUUGAAGUGAAGCCGAAGCCAAAAGUGUACCCCAAUCCUACAGCUACAUAAAUCUGAACCACGUGCAGUCAAUAGUAGUUUUAGCUGGGCCAUAUUUGUGUUUAUUGUGUAAACUGCAAAGCUUCAUUUUAUUUAAUGAAGCUUCUCAAACUCAGAGAGGGACAGCUUAUUUCAUUAGUUUGUUCCAAAUGUAUCUGACUCUGAACUAUUUCAAAGAUCAGCAACGUGCACAAUGAAUCACCAUGACUUGCAUCCCUACUAAA